CCCAACAUGCUGCACCUUCUCUUCUUGCUGUUCAUUCCUUUCUCCCACUUGUCAGUAGCAAUGGCGGAGGGCAACGCCAAAGCCAUGUUCGUCUUCGGCGAUUCGAUCGUCGACAGCGGGAACAAUGAUUUCUUGGACACGACUUCCAAGGCCAACUUUUAUCCUUACGGAGUGGAUUUUCCGGGGGGUGCCACAGGCAGGUUCACUAAUGGAAGAAACCCGGCGGACAUACUGGCGCAACUGCUGGGUCUCCCCCACUUCCUUCCUGUCUUCUAUGAUCCUCGGACCAAGGGAAACGCCAUUCUUUCUGGAAUCAAUUACGCCACAGCUGGUUCCGGCAUACUCGUUUCCACUAGCGAAAGAAACAACGUCACAUCAUUGGGGGAGCAAGUGAGCAACUUCAUUCAUUAUACGCUACCGGAAUUGGCCUCUCAACUCAACGGGAGUGGUGAGCUCGCAUCGUAUCUAUCACAGAGCAUAUUUCUUAUCAACUCUGGUGGAGUCGAUCUCUUCGACUACUGCCUGGAUUCUAGCUUUGCCGAAUGCAUCAGCGUAGCAGAUACAUUGCAAGGAAAUUUCACCCAACAGCUUGAGAGGUUAUACAAUCUUGGGGCACGGAAGUUCGUGGUGUUUAAUCUCAUGCCUGCCGGGUCCAACAUCUUCUGUAGAACCAAAAAUAAUGGUUCUGACGAGGAUUUUCUGAACGAGGCAGACUCGUAUCUAAAUCACCAGCUGAAGUAUGCUCUGGAUGGUAUGAGCCGAGACAAGCCUGGCUUCUGCUUCGUCUACGUCAAUAUCUUCCACAUGGUUAUGAGCAUGCUCGACGACCCAACUGCUUACGGAUUGAAGGUAACCAAUGAAACUUGUUGUACCGUGUCCGCUAGUAGUGGCGAUAUGGAAUGUGCUGAAGGAGUCGCACCGUGCUCGGAUAGGAGCACUUACCUCUUCUAUGAUGCGGUGCACCCGACUGAGAGUGUCUACGUGCAAUUGUCAACGAAGGCCUUCUUCUCUAAGCUCGACACUGAGGUCUACCCGUUCAAUGUCAAUGUUCUAGCAAACCUCACCCUGGAUGUUGGGGCUUCUUCGAAUGUUCAACCAUGGAGUGAUGCUUAAUCUGUAUAUCCUUCAAUGAAGCGAAAAUAUCAUGGCUCUUGAGGGGAUGUAUUGAUAAAACUCAAAUAAAACACAG